CGCUUACACGACAGGAACCACGCCUGAGCACACCACACCACCUUCUUUCUUCGUUUCUACCUUUGUAUCCGGGCCAGAUACCACGAGGCAGUCAUACAUGCCACUGAAUCACCAACCAGGCCGCCACACUCUGUCCUCUUGCCUUGGCACAUCGCUGGAUUCGAGAAUGCUUAAAAGUGCAACGACCACAAUAACAUCAACAACCAUUGGUCACCCCACUUACUCUCUUCCAACACACACCUCCCCAUCACCACAACCAUGAGCUCCAUCUCGACUGACCCGACCCCCCUUAAGGGCAAGGGCCCCGCGCUCAUCGAUUACGACCACGAGCACGAGCCUACCACCAACGGCGCCGGCGGCUUCCGCCCUCAAGCGCCCAUGACGGUGCAGCCUCCCAAGGCCGAAGACCUCCAGAAAUCCUACGCGAGCAUCAUCACCCACGAAGCCGACCCCAAGGACUGGUACGGCUAUAUGAUCAACGGCCUCGGCGCCGUCAUCGGCACCAUCGGCGCCAUCCCGUGCUGCAUCGUGUGCCCGAACCCGUACAAGACGGUCCAGCAAGGCAACGUCGGCCUGGUGACCAAGUUCGGCAGGUUCUACAAGGCCGUUGACCCGGGUCUCGUCCGAGUCAACCCGCUCGCCGAGAAACUGAUCCAGGUGGACGUCAAGAUCCAGAUCGUCGAGGUGCCGCAGCAGGUGUGCAUGACCAAGGACAACGUGACGGUGCAGUUGACGAGCGUCAUCUACUACCACAUCGUCAGCCCGCACAAGGCCGCGUUCGGUAUCACCAACGUCAAGCAGGCCCUGAUCGAGCGCACCCAGACUACCUUGCGCCACGUCAUCGGCGCCCGUGUGCUUCAGGACGUGAUCGAGCGCCGCGAAGAGAUUGCUCAGUCCAUCGGGGAGAUCAUUGAGGAUGUCGCGGCCGAGUGGGGUGUCGCCGUCGAGAGCAUGCUCAUCAAGGACAUCAUCUUCUCCCACGAGCUGCAAGACUCCCUCUCCAUGGCUGCCCAGAGCAAGCGUAUCGGCGAGAGCAAGAUCAUUGCCGCCAAGGCCGAGGUCGAGGCCGCCAAGCUGAUGAGGCAGGCCGCCGAUAUUCUGUCAAGCGCUCCGGCCAUGCAGAUUCGGUACCUCGAGGCUAUGCAGGCUAUGGCCAAGUCGGCGAACAGCAAGGUCAUCUUCUUGCCAGCUACAAACCAAACGAUGCCUAGUCAGGCGCAGUUCAAUGCGUCACUGGAUGCUCCGGGAUCUUUCAACCAGGGCGAGGGCAGCGGUGCGAAGAAGGACACGACCUCGUUCCACGACUUCGGAUCUUCCGAUGGGGGGUUCCAGCAGGCGUUGAACGCGCACAUUGUUGAGAACAUAUAGUCUCCCAGGGGUAGGAGUUAUGAUAUGAACCCAACACUCCGGCCUACCGCUGCUCAGCUAGAGCUUAAUCAGGGGCUUGCUCUAGCAACAUCACUCUGUUUAUUGCUCGCGUCUCCUUCCAGCCG